AUGGUCAGACUUGAGCUGGAAAGAACAGACCCUACAGAUCCUGAAGUGUCCGGAAUUUCCAUUUUAACAGAUAACGAAAACGUAAAAGCAGAGGAGUUUAAGGAGGCGAUUCUUAGUUGCAAACACAAAUCUUCAAAAGGGAUGAGCUUAAGAAUAGAAUGGAAGAAAAUUCAGCCUCAAGGAGUCUCAUUUGUCUACUACAAUGGUGAAUUUACAGGUGAUCUUCGAGGCCGAGCAGAGAUGCUGAACCCAGGAAUCCGAAUUAGGAAUGUGACUAGAAGGGAUUCCGGGACCUACCGCUGCGAAAUCAGUGACAAGAGUGAAGGGCAUCCACGCCUGCAAGAGGCUAUAAUUACCCUCACAGUGUUGGUUGCUCCAACUACUCCGGUGUGUGAUGUGCCGAGCUCCGCAAUGACGGGAACAGUGGUGCAGCUGAGCUGUAAGGAGACUGAGGGCUCUCCUCCAUCUGAGUACCAGUGGUACAAGAAUGGUGUUGCCUUGCUGGAAAAGACAGGAACAGGCAGUGCUAGAACACCAAAUAUAACUUACACCAUGAAUAAGAAGUCUGGCACUUUGCUAUUUAACACAGUUACAAAGAAUGACACUGGAGAGUAUUUCUGUGAAGCCUCCAAUGGGAUUGGAUUAUCUCAGAGAUGCUCAGUGAAGCGAAUGCAAGUCGAUGACCUGAAUGUAAGUGGUAUCAUUGCUGCUGUAGUAUUUGUGGCUCUGGUAAUGGCACUGUGUGGCCUAGGAGUAUUUUAUGCCCAAAAAAAAGGCUACUUUGCAAAGGAAAGCUCUUCCCAAAAGAAGACGAACUAUCAAUCUACAAGUGAAAAGGAUUUCAAGCAUACCAAGUCCUUUGUUAUUUAGAAGAUUUCAGCCUCUGUGAGGGACAUCAAAAGAAUACUUGUUAUACAAAAAUAUUAAAGUCUCCUGGUUUCGACUGGGAUAAUUUUCUUCCUAGUAGCUGGUACAGUGCUGUGUUUUGGAUUUAAUGUGAGAAUAAUGUUGAUAACACACUGAUGUUUUUGUUGUUGCUAAGUAGUGCUUACACAAAAUCAAGGACUUCUCUGUGUCUCAUGCUUGGCCAGUGAGGAGGUGCUCAAGAAGCCGGGAGGGAGCACAGCUGGGACACCUGACCUGAGCUGGCCAAAGGGAUAUUCCACACUGUACAUCAUCAUACCCAGUCUGUAAACUGGGGAAGUUGGCUGGGAGGGGCCAAUCGCUGCUGGGCGACAGGCUGGGCAUCAGUCAGUGGGUGGUGAGAAACUGUGUUGUACAUCACUUAUCUUUCUUGGGCUUUACUCCUCUCUCUCCUUUUCAUUACAAUUAUUAUUGUUGUUAUGAUUAUCAUUAGUAUUAUUAGUAUAAUUAAAUUUUACUUUGUUUCAAUUAUUAAACUGCUGUUACC